AUGUCAGAAGCAGAGUACAUAAAAUAUUACAGAGAAACACUAGGAUUAGCAGAAGAUGAUUUUGAAAAGCUGUGUGCAUCAACUAAAGUAAGUCUUCCAUACUCGUUCUGUGUGGCAAAGGGCCCAAUGCAUGAUCAGAUAGUGCAAAGAAUUGAACAGUAUCCGUUUGUGAAUAAAAUACAAUACUUGGAUGAUGUGUAUGAGUUUUGCAAGGUUAAGGACCCGUCGAGUGAUUAUCAGAGAUUUGUGGAAUUUCUUGUGAAACAGACGACUGUGGGACUCAUACAGAGACAGGAGGUUGUCAGUAUGAUUCCUGUGAUGCUGAUGGAUCUCAAGAAAGACUCAAAAGUAAUUGAUAUGUGUGCAGCGCCUGGAUCAAAAACCAAGCAGAUUCUUGAUGCAGUUAGUGAUGGAUUGGUAAUAGCAAAUGAUGUUAAUGCAAAAAGACUGAAUGUUCUUGUGAGUGAGACCUCUAAGAAGCCUAAUAGAUCGCUUAUUGUAACGAAGCAUGAUGCAUCUGUUUUCCCAAAGAUUUAUGCAGAUGGCCAAUUGGAGUUUGACCGUGUGUUCUGUGAUGUCGUGUGUUCAAGUGAUGGCACAAUACGUAAGAAUCCGAAUGUAUUUGAUGAAUGGAAGGUUUCAAGAGGAGCAGGACUGUCUGAGCUGCAAUACAGGAUCCUGAAGAGAGGAUGCGAGCUUGUUAAGGAAGGAGGAUUAGUGGCGUAUUCAACAUGCUCAUUGAAUCCUCUUGAAAAUGAAUGUGUAGUGCAGAGAAUUUUGCAAGAAGAUGAGUUUGAACUGGUUGAUUUCAGAAACGACACUAGAUUCUGCAUUUUUCCAGCUGAGUCUGAUGGUAAACAUCUUAUUGUCAGACAGGGAUUGAAAACAUGGAAGAUAGAUGGAGUUUCUAAUAACCCAAAGCAUCGGCCUUGUGAAAAAGAUCUUGGCUUAGAUAAAUGCAUAAGGUUGUACCCGCAUGAUCAGAAUACAGGAGGAUUUUUUAUUGCAAUCCUGCGAAGAAAUAUGCGAGUGCAAACAUCUCAUUCUGAAGAAAGCACAUCACAACACAAGAGUCUGCACUCAAAGCAUUGCCGAAUUGAGUUUAUACCUAAGGAAGAUAAAGAGAAACUAUUCGAGCAAUAUUCGAUUCCUAUGGAAGGCGAGUUAUAUAAAAGAGGUGAAAGAAGCCUAAGCAUUGUUUCUUACUUAUCAAAUAAGAUUAUUAUGGAGAAUCCGAAGCUUAAAGUUGUAUCUGCUGGAUACCGAAUUUUGGAAAAGUCAGGGCUGGAUCGUUGUGAGUUUUACCUGAAGAAUCUUUUCUAUGUUGGGCGUGAGUUUGUGGAGCACCGUGAAAUUCAAUUAGGCAGUUUUAGAUUGUUACUGAAUGAUGUUUUUGUAAGCAAUGAUGUCUUAGGAUUUGAAUGUGUGGGUAUUUCAAUCAUUAAGGUUGAAGGUACCGGAAUUGUCCUCUGUGGAUAUGGAAACACACUGUCAUUUACGCUAUUCAUGAAUGACGGUCUAAGAAAGGCUCUCAAGGAGCUUGUUGCAUUUAAUUGA